AUGAGAGGGAGGGAACUUGAACUCACUCAACAUGACAGAACUGUGGAACAAGCCAAGGAAAAGAAAAAUGGAUUGGAGUCGUAUGUCUAUGAGAUGCGUAAUAAGCUUUUUAACACAUUGCGGAGCUUUGCUAGCGAUGACGAAAGGGAGGGAAUUUCAAGGAGCCUACAAGAGACUGAGGAAUGGCUAUAUGGAGAUGGAGAUGAUGAAACUGAGAAUGCUUACACCACAAAGAUGCAGGACUUAAAGCAUAUAAUGAAUGAGUGUCAUAAAGCAGAACAAUGGCUGAUAGCAGGAACACAGCAACAAGAAUCCAUGCGCAAAGACAUUGACCCCGUGUUAUGGUCCAGGGAUGUGAAGAGCCAAGCCGAGAACCUUAACUCAUAA